UGGAUUUGGUCUAUCGUCGUUCGUUGGCUUCGAAUUCAAACACCUGACGCUCCAAAGAUUCACAGCUUUUACUGUAAUAACGAAUCCUCUUUCCUACUUUCUCGCUCUGAAUAUACAGAUCUUAUCUUCCUUUCUGCAUCGGGGUAUUGUAAUACAUAGGGGAUACGUUCAAUUUUGAUUGUACGGGAUGGCCAUGAGUUUGCCACAGCAGAUCGGAGCCCUGUCGGGGAUGCCGUUAGCGGUGGAUUCCGGUAAUAACGCGGGAGAGCCGGUGUCUGCGACGAUGAAUGCAUCGGCGGUGUGGAGGUCGCCGGCGAUAAGCCUCCGGGGCCUGUCGCAGAAGCAGUCGGCGGCAGAGACAGAUCGGAUAUCGCCGUCGCCGCCGAUGAGCCCUAGGAUGGGCGGAAUUCGGCCGGAUCUGACGGUGGCGUAUCAGGCGCUGAUGGAGGCGGAGCAGGCGGUGGAGCCGAGAGAGUACAAGGAGGGUGGGAGAGCCGGGGGGAAGGGGAAGGGGGUGCCGGUUUACGUUAUGAUGCCUCUGGACAGUGUGACCAUGGGGAAUACGGUGAACCGGAGGAAGGCGAUGCAGGCGAGCAUGCAGGCGCUGAAGAGCGCCGGAGUGGAGGGAGUGAUGAUGGACGUGUGGUGGGGGCUGGUGGAGAGAGAAGCGCCGGGGGAGUACAAUUGGGGGGGCUACGCCGAGCUCUUGGAGAUGGCGAAGAAGCACGGCCUCAAGGUCCAGGCCGUCAUGUCCUUCCAUCAAUGUGGCGGAAACGUCGGUGACUCUUGCACGAUCCCUUUGCCGAAGUGGGUCGGGGAAGAGAUUAACAGGGACCCCGACCUUGCCUACACAGACCAGUGGGGAAGGAGAAACUAUGAGUAUCUCUCUCUUGGUUGUGAUACUCUUCCAGUCCUCAAGGGACGUACACCAGUCCAGUGUUAUGCAGACUUCAUGCGUGCUUUUCGAGACAGAUUUGAGCACCUUCUUGGGGACACGAUUGCGGAAAUCCAAGUUGGAAUGGGUCCAGCAGGUGAGCUCCGAUACCCAUCCUACCCCGAACAAAAUGGGACAUGGAAGUUUCCUGGAAUUGGGGCCUUCCAAUGUUAUGAUAAGUACAUGCUUAGUCACUUAAAAGCUGCAGCAGAAGCUGUUGGUAAGCCAGAAUGGGGAAGUACAGGCCCAACAGAUGCUGGACACUAUAACAACUGGCCAGAAGACACGAACUUCUUUAGGAAGGAGGGCGGCGGUUGGAAUGGUCCCUACGGCGAGUUCUUCCUCACUUGGUAUUCUCAAAUGCUGCUGGAUCACGGGGAGCGAUUAUUGUCCUCAGCUAAGGCCAUCUUUGAGAAUGCGGGUGUGAAAAUCUCAGUUAAGAUUGCCGGCAUUCACUGGCAUUACGGGACUCGUUCUCAUGCUCCUGAACUCACAGCAGGCUACUAUAACACUCGCUUCCGAGACGGGUACCUCCCCAUUGCCCAGAUGCUGGCUCGCCAUGGUGCCAUUUUCAACUUCACCUGCAUUGAGAUGCGGGACCACGAGCAGCCCCAGGACGCUCAAUGUGCCCCCGAGAAGCUCGUCAGACAAGUCGCCCUGGCCACUCGGGAAGCUCAAGUUCCCCUCGCGGGCGAAAAUGCGUUGCCACGCUACGACGAAUCCGCACACGAACAGGUCCUGCAGGCUUCAUCUCUGAACAUUGAUGGCCAUUCCGAUGAGAGGGAGAUGUGUGCUUUCACGUACUUGAGGAUGAACCCGGGCCUGUUCCAUCCCGACAACUGGCGGCGAUUCGUGGCCUUCGUGAAGAAGAUGAAGGAAGGAAAGGACGCCACCCGGUGCUGGGAAGAGGUGGAGCGGGAGGCUGAGCAUUUUGUGCAUGUUACUCGGCCGCUGGUGCAAGAAGCGGCUGUUGCUCUCAUGCACUAGUAGCUCUAGCUGGUUCAGCUUGUCGCACUGUUUUCAAAUGUGCAUAGCUGAUUUUUUUUAAGUAUUCAUGCCAGGCUAUGUUGUUGCAAAUCUUUUGCUCUGCCAUAACCAAACUUGUCCAUGUUCCUCUUUCAUAGCUUUUUAUUGUAUUGUACGCUCUACUUUAAUGGUCGAUAAUUUUUCAUAUUUGUAUCUC